UAGGCUUAAUUUCUGAUAAUCUUGAUCAUCAAGAUGGGGAGGCUCAGUUUUGGCAAGGCGUUGGAUUCUUUGUGCCUGUUUUCUGGAUCAUCAUUAUCGUCAGGGUCUUGCUUUUGCAGCAAUGGUUUUGACAGUCCAGAUGAUUUUGAGAAGAAGCCUUUCAUUAGUCCUAAAGUAGCAGGGCAGGUGGUCAAGUUGAAGGAUGUUGUUGCAGGACCUCCCACCUUGGCUUUUCACCUCAAGCCUAAGACAGUGGUGCUAAGGGUCUCCAUGCACUGCAAAAGCUGUGCAAAGAAAGUGGAGAAACAUAUCUCCAAGAUGGAAGGAGUGAGUUCAUAUCAAAUAGACAUGGAAACGAAGAUGGUAGUGGUGAUAGGUGAUGUUGUGCCUUUCGAAGUGUUGGAGAGUGUUUCAAAGGUUAAAAAUGCCCAGCUUUGGACCACUGCUCCUCACCUUACUUAAUUCAUAUAUGCAUCCUUCUCAUGUUUAUAUAUUGAAGUUAAUUUUGUAUGUAAAUUUCAAGUGGCCAUAUGAUGUUAAAGAAUCGAGGAAGUUUAGCUUGUGUUUCAAUAAUAAUGCUUGUGAAAGCUCCAAAAAUUGAUAGCAA